AUGUGCCGUAGCAAAUUAAUGUACCGGUGUAUUGCAAGAUGUCUGCGCCCAGGACGAGCUGUCUGAUAGUUGUCAGUUCGGCUGUCGAAGGAGUGUCAGCACAGUCAUUUAUACAAGCCUACACUCUAGCCAGCUCAAACUUCUCAAUCCAGCUAGCAUCUCCAGGGGGUCGUCAAGUUGAGUAUGUUCAGCAGGAUGACAACAAUCGGCGUUGGUUUAACGAGUUCCGCUCGAAGGCAAGCUCAACACCGAUUGGACUAGAAGCUAUUGAUCCAAACCGAUAUUCAGCUCUCCUUAUCCCAGCAGCCCAGGGUGCGGUUCAUGAUCUCAGUAGUAACAAAGACCUCGGCCAGAUCGUGGAACAUUUUGUGAAGGAAAAAAAGCCUGUGUGUGCAAUUGGAAUGGGAGUAGCUGGUCUGUGUGCAGCUCGCACAGAAGAUGGCAAGGGCUGGCAUCUGGAAGACUACAGUUUAACUGCUCCAUCAGUAUUCGAGCUUGCUCGAGAGCCUGAGUUUGCGACACUUCCCAUCAUACUGGAAGACUUCAUCAAGGAUCACGGUGCUAGAUAUAAUCGAAGUGAAGCGGAUGCAGUCCAUGUUAUUGUGGACCGCCAUAUGAUCACUGCUCAAAACACACAGUCAACAUUGACGGCCGUGCAGAAUCUUAUACUCAUGUGCAGCCAAAAGCAGUCUAAAGCAGCCGGAAACAAGUAUUUGUGAUAUUUUGUGUUGCUACAGGAUCGUCUUGUUAGAUUUUCACAAAUGUGGAGAACAAUAUAACCAAGUAUUCAUGCCAAACAAUUGAGGAAAAACAAUUGUGUCACUGUGUACAGUGAUAUUAAAAGUCACUGAAUAUUCAAA